UUCAACAAAUUGGUAGAAUCAUGCCAAGGUUUUUAUUUACACUCCUUUUCGGCGCUACGAUUUUAGUCGCCAUAUGUAUGGUGGCACAAGCACAGCCUGAUCCAACUGUGGCAGGAUCUAGACCAACUAGAAGACCAACACCACCGACUAGGAGACCCUCAUGGCCAACAAGGAGACCAACUCCACCGACUAGAAGACCCGACCUACCGACUCGAAGGCCUACACCACCGACUAGGAGACCCUCAUGGCCAACCAGGAGACCAAUACCACCAACUAGAAGACCAUUGCCCACCAGCAGGCCAACUACACCUUCUCCACUGGAAAGACCUGCAAGAUCCGUAACCACUGUAAGACCAUGCCCUCGCUUACCAGAAAAAUGUAGCAGUGCUGGUCCAUCAUUAUGUGUUCGUAGUCGAAAUGGUAAAUUAUGUCGUCGGGUAGCUAAUCAGUGCGCUUUACGCAACCUCAACUGUCAAUCUAAGCCUCGUAAUAAUUGGUCCGUCAGUAAAUUGAAGGGUUGCUGCAAGCUCAAGGUUGGUCAACGACCUGUCAAAUGCAAGGAUCUAUAAGAAAGUGAAAUAUGGAUAAAUACAAUUGACUGAAAA